CCUCAUUUUUCCUGGCACAAGCUAGAAACAUUUCAAACUCUCCUUACAGAAAUGCUGUCAGGAUCUCUGCACAGGUCAGCUGCCAGAGGGACGGCGGCAGCUCUGGGACCUUGACAGACAAGAUUAGGGAUCCCCACCAGCGAGCUUCAUUGCUGACCUUCUGGGAACUCCUUCCCAUGAAAGCACAAUUUAUGCAAAAGAAGGUAAAUCCUAAAAAGGACCAAGCAGCGAAGUACUGUUUGAAAAAGAGGACCCCACGACUGGUAAAGGCUAACCAAGAGCUAAAUCCCACUGGAGAUUUUAUUGCCCUGAGUGGUGCUAGACAGCAGCCUCAGGGCACUCCCUUUGAGGAGGGUGGGAGAAGAGCUCAUCUGGAGAGGUGGUCCCUGCAUAAGCAGAGAGAGCAUGAGAGGGAGAGGUCCACCAGGUCCAUGCUUGAGGCCCAGCAGGAAGCACUGCAGGAAGCAGGACUGGCCUCCUACGAGCUCCUUGAGGAAGCCAUCAAGUGGGGCUCCCGUCUGUGCCCCUCAGAGAGAGAAGGGCCAGAUUCCACGCCACCAGGGUCCAUCUACCAGCGCCCUGAGGACAGGCACCAUAGCAUCACCAAGGUGUACACGCAACUGGAAUUUAAGAGACAAGUUGCAGGAAGCUGUCCUCAGAACAUACUGCCCUUGAGAAUCAAAACGACGAGGGUUCAAGCCUGCUUUUCACAGAAUGAUGUGUGCUGUUAAUAAAUACAAGUUUAAUCAAAAGAAAGAGAGACAAAGGAAGGGAGGCUGGGAGGUAGAAAUGCUAUGUCCAAAAUGGUGCUGCCCAGGCAAUGGGUCAGAAACAGUUCAGAGAAGGAUCUGCAUUGAGAAGACUGGGAGGAACCUCUCACAAAUCUCCCACAGUUGCAGUGGGAUGGGGGAGGGGACCCCAAAGGUAUCCAGAUUCCCAAAGCCCAUGGAAAGGGGAACAACACAGAGCUGAAAUUUAAG